AUGGUUUCCAAAAAUACUCGAUUUCUAUUCAGGAAGUGGCUGGAUUUUGAGAGGAAUAAUCUGAGGAACAAGCGUGCGCUGAGUGUUAAUGUUGGUUUAAGUGCAAGAUCAAUUGAAAGGUUAUAUUUGAGCAGUAACCUUACUACCUGGUCUUCUGUAGCAUCUGCUUUCAACACGAAACCAUCAAAAGUUAAAUCUUUAAAAUGUCACUUUUUAGGUGAAAGUACUGGCAUAUUUGGGUACGGAGAAUUGCAAGAGCCGAAUGGAUUUUAUUUACUGAAAGAUACUGCUGUUAGCAAAGCAGAGUGCUUAAUACAUGAAAUCUUAUAUUCUAAACGUCAAAGAAAAAUGGUAAGGGUGUUUGAUGAGUUAUCAGACACUAUUUGUAAAGUUGCAGAUUUAGCGGAAUUUGUAAGAAUCGGUCAUCCACAAGAGCGUUUUGCAUACGCAGCUAGAGAGACCUCUGUUAACAUUAGCAACUUAGUUGAAAAACUCAACACAAAUACAGAUUUGUACAUUAAUUUGAAGCAAGUUUUGGAAAAUGGAGAUGUUUGUCCUACAGAUGACAUAGAUGACUAUGUUGGAAAUUUGUUUUUAUUUGAUUUUGAACAAUGUGGGAUUCACUUGGAAAAAGAAAAAAGGGAAAAAAUAGUUGCCUACAAUGAUUAUAUAUUGCAUGUUGGUUCUCAUUUCAUGAAUAAGACAUUAAGCCCAAGAACAAUAUUAAAGUCCCAGCUUCCAGAAACCAUCAGACAAUGUUUCGCUGUGGAUGGGGAAACAAUUGCUGUAAAUGGCCUUUUCGCAGAUUCAAAAAACGAGUUGCUGAGAGAAGCUGCAUAUAAAAUAUUCUUAUAUCCUGAUAAACAACAAGAAGAAUUACUAAAUGAGUUGCUGAUGGCUCGUCAUAAACUGGCUAAAUUGUGCGGUUUCCCUACUUAUGCACAUCGUGCAGUACGAGGAAGCAUAGCUGGAACUCCAGAAUUUGUUCAUGAAUUUUUAAAGCUAUUAAAUGAAAAACUGAAGCCAAAAGCUGAAAGUGAUUACAAUGUAAUGUUAAAUUUAAAGCAAGAAAUCAAUAAAAAUAGCAAAUCAUUAAUGCCAUGGGAUGUCCCUUACUUGAUGUCAGAAGCAAGACAUCAAAAGUUUGAUGUGAAAUCUUCUGAUUAUAGUCCAUACUUUUCAUUGGGAGCUUGUAUGGAUGGACUAAACUACAUUUUUAACUCUCUUUAUCAAGUGACUUUGAAUGUGGAAGAUGUACAAGAUGGAGAAUUGUGGCAUGAAGAUGUUAUUAAAUUAAGUGUAAGUGAAAAUGAGGAAGUUCUCGGGUAUGUUUAUUGUGAUUUUUUCGAACGUCCAGGAAAGCCAAAUCAAGAUUGUCAUUUCACAAUUCAAGGAGGUAGGAUGUGCGAUGAUGGAACUUAUCAGAAACCUAUUGUUGUUUUGAUGUUGAACUUACCAAAUGCAACCUGGUCACAACCUUCCCUUCUAACUCAUUGUAUGGUGGACAAUUUAUUUCAUGAAAUGGGCCAUGCAAUGCACUCAAUGUUGGCACGCACAACUUAUCAACAUGUCACCGGAACUAGAUGUUCUACUGACUUGGCUGAAGUUCCAUCCGUCUUAAUGGAAUAUUUUGCUUCAGAUCCUCGAGUAGUCUCAAAAUUUGCCAGACACUACAAGACAGGAGAAGUGAUACCAAUGGAUCUAGUCAAGAAAUUAGGAAGUACAAAAAAGAUGUUUUUGGCUUCCGAAACGCAAUUGCAAGUAUUUUACGCAGCUUUUGACCAAGCCUGUCAUGGUUACCAGUUGCUCAAUUGUUCUACAACCGAUUUAUUAGCUCAAAUACAAAAUACUUUCUAUGGUUUGCCACAUGUUCCAAAUACAGCAUGGCAACUACGUUUUGGACAUUUGGUAGGUUAUGGUGCCAAGUAUUAUUCAUACCUUGUUUCUCGUGCUGUAGCUUCAUGGAUAUGGUAUGAAUAUUUUAAAGACAAUCCUUUCAGCUUUGAAGCAGGAAAAAGAUAUCGAAAUGAAGUCCUAGCACAUGGUGGUUCAAAGCCUCCACGAUUGUUGGUCGAAGAUUUCCUAGGUGUUAAAGUUACCCCACAAACUUUGUCUGAUGCAUUGUUAAAAGAUAUUAAUUAUAAAUAUCCAGAUUGAUAUUAAUUUUUAUUGAGUAAAUUUAUUUUAGAAAAUAAAUUGUUAUCACUAAUAAGGUUUAAUGAUGACUUAUGUUGGUACCAAACUUGCAAAUAAGAUUACCAAAUUUUAAACUGCCAACUUAAAUUAUUUUCUGUUAAAUGACUCAACAUUACAUAAUAUGGCACUCCUGAAAAUUCGAGUAUUCAAUUAACAACUCAAAUAUCUGUGCCUCAUGGCUAGACGUAAGUCCAAAAAUGGCAGUUUUUGGGUUAUUAUUGCAUUGUAUGUAGAAUCAUAUUUCAUAUUGUGUCAUAGCAAUGUAA